CAUUUCAGAUUACUUGUCAAGGCUUGGUGCAAUUUAUAUGUAUCAAGUCAGGGGACCAAGCGCUGCAUUGUCAACGUGGUUGGGGAAGAAGAAAAGCCUGGGGAGAGAUGUAGCAGUACGUUUGCAUUUCCACUACUUCCUUCCUUU